AUGGACAUGUUAUCGGAUAGCCUUGUCCCCGGCCUGGCCCUUCGUGACGACACAGAAUCCCACGCAGUCUUUGGCUCUCGCUUCCUCUGGGCCAAGCUGGCAGCCCUUCACCGUAGAGCGGCCUCGAGCCCCGGUGCUGCCCAAGCGGACCAAGGAAUUGGCAUCAUCGGUUUCCUCACUGCCCUAGUUGUCGCCAUAAUCGUCUUUACUGUCCAGGUCACCUUGUUCCUGCUUCUGAGGAAUAAGCUGGCCCGUAUCUUUAAACCUAAGACUUACCUCGUUCCCGAACGCGAGCGGACAGACCCUCCACCAGCGGGCCUCUUCUCUCUCUUCAUAACCCUCUUCAAGUACAGUGACCGGGAAGUCAUCAAGAAGUGCGGCCUUGACGCCUAUUUCUUCCUUCGCUAUCUUAGGACCCUGCUCGUCAUCUUUACCCCCAUCACCCUCGUCGUCCUCCCCGUCUUGGUCCCCCUAAACUAUGUUGGCGGCAAGGGCCAGAAUAUUGAGGGAGAUGCCAGCAGCAGUAGCCAUUCGAAUUCGACUGUCGAGGGCCUCGACACCCUCGCCUGGGGCAAUAUAAAAAGCACCCACACCAAGCGCUACGAUGCACACUUGCUCAUGGCCAUUCUCGUCGUCAUCUGGGUCUGCACCGUCUUCUUCUUCGAGCUCCGCGUCUACAUUAAGAUCAGACAAGACUACUUGACCAGCGCCGAGCACCGACUGCGCGCCUCGGCCACGACUGUCCUCGUCAACUCGAUCCCCGCCAAGUGGCUCAGUGAAGAUGCGCUCCGUGGCUUGUUCGACGUGUUCCCCGGUGGAGUGCGCAACAUCUGGCUCAAUCGCGACCUGACGGCCCUCCUGGACAAGAUUGACCAGCGAGACGAUGUCCACCAGAAGCUGGAGCAAGCGGAGACGGACCUCAUCAAAGCCGCCAAGCAGGCCCAAGUGAAGAAGAAGAAGGCUGAGGAUAAGAAGAAUAAGCAGCGGAUAUCCAAGGAUCAGCAGGCUGCUCGCAAUGCCGAGAAGGACGCCAAAGCACGUGAGAUAGCCAGCAGCGGCGGGGGAGUCACUGCUGGCGACACCAACGCCACCCCUAACCUUGAAGAAUCCCUUGAGCACGAACUGCGCCUUGCUACCCCCGAUGCGCAAUCUACCCGCCGACGAAGGGGUACCGGCGAGACGCACACGACACGUCACCGAAGGGGCACCGGAGAGACACAAGCCACCCACCCACAAAGGGACCACGAGGCCCACAAGACCGCAUUUCUGGGGGUACCCAUGGUAAAGCUGGGCACUGGCGCCAAAGAUGUGGUCCAUAAGGCUGGGAAUGGCGUCGAGAACAUCUUCGAGACGACCGAUGGAUUCGUGGGAAUCGAACCCUCCGAUACCCGUGAUACUUACACCUUAUCCGAGGACCGCGGAAGCAUCAAAGGCAAGGUAUCCAGCGAGACAGAACCUGCAAGGGGCCGCACUCCCAACUCGGCCGAGCCUGGGGCUAGGUGUUCGCGAUCCGCAUCGGGCGGGUCAGAUAAACCCAUCCAGACGCAGGGCAGACCCUCAGAGACCCUGGACGAGUUUAAGGCUCGCCGGCUCUUGUACAUUGACCAGCAACGGCUGAAUGACGGCCCCAAGUUUUGGCAGUUCUGGAAGCCCCCUGCUGGCGGUUACACGUCCCCCGUCCCCCAGGGCCAGGAUGCGGCGGACUACAUGACCAAGGAGGCAGCCGAUAAGACGCCAUUCUGGCAGAGGGUCAAGAAGUCGUUGCCGUUUGUCGGUGGCGAGGAGCUCGAGACCUUGGAGUACGAGCAGGCUCACAACGCCGACCGUGAAGUUGACGCCGACGAGGAAGAGGCCGAAUGGGCCAAGUACCUGACAAAGAAGGAUCGUCCCACGCACAACCUACCGCUCUUCGGCGUCAAUUGGCUCUUUGGCAUCCCGUGGGUCACCAAGAAGGUGGACACGAUCUACUGGUGCCGAGAGGAGCUCGCCCGCCUCAAUGUCGAGAUUGAAGAGGACCAGCGGCAUCCGGAACGGUACCCCCUGUUGCCGUCGGCCUUUAUACAGUUCGAACAUCAGGUCGCCGCCCACAUGGCUUGCCAGAGCUCCAUCCACCACCUGCCCAAGCACAUGGCUCCGCGUAUCAUCGAGAUCUCUCCCAAGGAUGUCAUCUGGGACAACAUGGCCAUCUCGUGGUGGCAGGAGUGGCUCAGAUCCGGCCUAGUCAUCAGUCUGAUCAUCACCAUGGUCAUCUUCUGGGCCAUCCCCGUCGCCUUCACGGCAUCGCUCAGCCAGCUCGACGAGCUCAUCAAGCAGAACAAAUGGCUAGGAUUCCUCAAGUCGACCGACUCCCUCCAGACGGCGGCAGAAGCCGUUGCUGGUGUCCUUCCUGCCGUGCUCCUCGCCCUGCUUCUGAUCCUCGUCCCGAUGGUGCUCAGGCUGCUCGCCGGCGUCAAGGGGGCCAAGACUGGUUCGCAGAAGAACGAGUUUGCGCAGAUCUUCUACUUCCUCUUCCUCUUUGUGCAGGUCUUCCUCAUUGUCUCGGUAGCCUCCUUCUUCGCGGCGAGCAUCGAUGAGCUCUUCCGGAAUGUCUCGGAGAAGCUUAACAGCGUCUCGGCAGUCCUGGACCUUCUCGCGACGAACCUGCCCAAGGCGGCCAACUACUUCUUCACCUACAUGAUCCUGCAGGCUCUGUCGACGAGCUCGGGUACGCUCCUGCAGGUCGGCACCCUGCUCAAGUGGUACGUUGUGGGGCGCAUCAUGGACAGCACCCCGAGGAGCAAGUGGAAGCGCAACACGACGCUCAACACGGUCAACUGGGGCACCUUCUUCCCCAUAUAUACAAACUUUGCCUGCAUCAGCAUCGUGUACUCGGUGAUUGCGCCUCUCAUCUCCAUCUUCGCCAUCAUCACCUUCAGCCUGCUGUGGCUUGCCAACCGCUACAGCAUGCUGUACGUGACGCGUUUCGAGCACGACACGGGCGGCGUGCUGUACCCGCGGGCCAUCAACCAGACGUUUACCGGCAUCUACUUCAUGGAGCUCUGCAUCGCCGGCCUGUUCUUUAUCGUGGACGACGCCGAUGGAAAGAACCCGUGCACGACGCACGGCGUGGUGAUGCUGGUGGUCUUGGGCCUGACAAUCCUGUACCAGAUCCUUCUGAACCGGUCGUUCUCGCCGCUCUUCCGCUAUCUGCCGAUAACGAUUGAGGACGAGGCCGUCCUCCGAGACGAGGCGUUUCAGCUUGCCCAGAACCAGCGGUUCGGCAUCAACGACGUCGACGAGGAAAAGGGCGUCGGUGCCUCUGGUAGCUACCUGGCGCCGCUCAACUCGUCUCACCGGAACGACGAUCGUGACGUUGCCGAGCACACCGACGACGAGGGCAAGGAAGACGGGGAGAUCGAGAUGGGUGAGCUGCGGGGGCGCAAGCACAAGCAGACCAGCCUCCUCCUGAACCCGGUCAAACAGGUGGGCGGAUGGGCCAAUGCCGGUGGACGGCAGAUCCGCAAGAUCACGUACACGGACAGCAGCGCCGUCGAGUACCGGCGCAAGCGGCACCAGCGCAAGCUCGACGCGCAGCGGGCCAUCGGCGACGCGCUCUACGGCGGGAUAAACGACGACAUCGAGGACCUCACGCCAGUCGAGAGGGAUCUGCUGGUGCGCCACGCCUUCAAGCACUCCGCCCUCCGGGCCCGGCUUCCCGUUGUCUGGAUCCCCCGCGACGACCUCGGCAUCAGCGACGACGAGAUCCGACGCACCCAGGCCUACAGCAGGAACAUCUGGAUCAGUAACGAGGGCACCGCUCUGGACAGCAAGUUUCGCGUCGUGUAUGGCAAGAACCCGCCUGAUUUCUCGGAAGUCGAUGUGAUUAAUCUCUAA